AUGCGGCGUUUUCAAAGACAAACGUCAAAAUUUGAACAUGUGUUUAGAUUUUGCAUCCUCAAAAUUUUGUUUAUAGUAAUUAUCGAGCUGCAACAAACAUUGGCCACUGAGUUAGCUCAGUCAGUAGAAAUGCCAUGUCUCGCGCGGCUAUUACGCGACGGCAUGGUUGCCGCGGCGUUCCUUUCUACCGCUUCUUCCGUCGACACGCUCGUCGCCGCCGUUGUCCUCGCUGCGACGGCGAUCGUCGACACGGUAGGGUCAAUGUCGGUCAUCAGCGCCGUCGCGAUCGUACACGCCACCGGUCGCUCGAUACCGCACACCUUCGCCUUCUUCACGCGGGCGGUCGCUUCCCUGGCCGGGACUCGCCGAUCUACAAUAUCUUCUACAAACAUCAGGGUCGGAACAUACGGGCCGGGCGAAAAAGAUGUUUCGCUCUUCUUGCCGGGCGUACGGGCCAACCUUUCCGAACGCUCGCAAGUCUUCUCUCAAACAUUUGUCCUGAAGAACUUCCAAUCUUUCUCCUCUCUCCAUCACUCGUCCAAUAUUGGCUUGCAUUAUAUCAACAACCCCAUCAACUUCUAUUUGAACACUGACAGCUUGGGAGUAUAUACCACUAAAAUUAUGCACGGUUUCAAGUUGGAUCAUAAUAUCCCGUACUAUGAAAAUAACACUGCAUUGUAG